CGCCCAGCCCGCAAAGCAAUGGUAAGCUUCAACACUCCAAUGUUUUAGAGGGCCAUCAAAUUGACGAACCCUUCUCGUUACUUUGUUGCAGGUGUUACUGGUGACCGCCAGAGUAUUGUUAGGGGACCGCCGAGAAAGCCGCGGCAAAGCGGCCAUGCCAUCUGGGUCGGCAAUCUACCACCACAAACAGAUCUGAUGAGCCUCGUGCACCAUGUGUGCAAGGAAACGGAGGGGCUGGAGUCUCUGUUCUUGAUCUCCAAGAGCAACUGUGCGUUUGCCAACUUUAAAAACGAGCAAGCCUGCUCAGCAGCGCAGCAGAAACUGCACGACUCCAAGUUCAUGACUGUCCGCCUAGUAAGUAGGCUGAGAAAAAGCACCGUGGAAGGCCCAGCAGGCGCUACCGCCCCGACGGGACCCGCGGCAUCGACGUCGCAGGUAGGGGCCAUCCAAGAAGCGAGUCCAACCGAAAACGACGGCGGCGAGAGCAAAGAGGAAGGCAUCACCCCAGAGGUGGUGGCUACAGCAGCCCCGGAAUCUCAAGCAGUGAUUUCUCCUAUGAAUGGCAGGCCCCGUCAAAAGGAUCGCUUCUUUGUCCUCAAAAGCCUUACCGUCGAGGAUCUUGAGUUGAGUGUCCGGACAAAUAUCUGGGCCACGCAAUCGCACAAUGAGGAGGCGUUGAACGCGGCAUACAAGACCUCGGACAACGUCUAUCUAGUAUUCUCGGCGAACAAGUCUGGCGAGUACUUUGGCUAUGCACGGAUGGCGUCGGCCAUCAACGAAGACCCGGCCGCCGCAAUCGAAUUUGCGCCGAGCGCACAGCCAGCAAACGAAGUCGAUCUCCCCAAAGCCAUCCCGACGGAGCCCACAGAAUUCGCGCCCAAGGGCCGCAUCAUCGACGACUCAGCGCGCGGCACGAUAUUCUGGGAGGCGAGCUGGGAUGACAAAACGGCGUCUGACGGUGGGCAGGACGAGGAAGGUUCCUGCGGCUCGGCCGGCGGGGACACGGGUAGUGUCCAGAGUGGGCAGGACAGCAACAUGUCGGAGCCCAAAGCCUGGGGCAAGCCGUUCCGGCUCGAAUGGCUAUCGACAACUCGUCUCCCGUUCUUUCACACGAGGGGGCUUCGGAACUCGUUCAACUCAAACCGAGAGGUUAAGAUCGCAAGGGACGGCACGGAAAUCGAGCCGACGGUUGCGAGGACGUUGAUUGGGAAGUUUUAUCGGGCACAAGGCCCUGCGCCGGGCAUCCUCCCUCCUGUGGUUCCGGGGGGGUUUCGGAUGCAGGUUCCCGUCACAGUUGGAUACCCCCCGAUGCGAUGAUCUGUUCAUGCGGAAUUGAGGUACCGUAGUUAGAAGCUAAAACUGUGAGCUAGUGCGCAUACUACCACCGUGUAGAGUGAUGUCUACAUCACUUCAUCAUGCUGUGCUUGCCAGUGAGGUGACCUCGCGACAAGUAAUUCACGAAUGCUAAAUUGGCCGAAAGGUUCAAGGCCCGAGUCGGUCGAU